CACUUUGGUUGCCUGAACUUUAUUUUGAAAAGCUGGGGUAACCGGAAAACGUCGUCUAGGAAGCGCAGAUAAACUGGUUGGGCUCGUAGUAGAAACCAGUAGUUCAUGUGUUAGCUAGCGUAAAGGAAGGAAAAUGAGCAGCUCGGAGGAGGUCUCUUGGAUAUCCUGGUUUUGUGGUCUGAGAGGGAAUGAGUUCUUCUGUGAGGUUGAUGAGGACUACAUACAGGACAAAUUUAACCUGACUGGUUUGAACGAGCAGGUGCCUCACUACCGCCAGGCGCUGGACAUGAUUCUGGACCUGGAGCCAGAUGAGGAGCUUGAAGAUAACCCCAACCAGAGUGACUUGAUAGAGCAGGCGGCGGAGUUGCUCUACGGGCUUAUACAUGCACGUUACAUACUCACAAACAGAGGCAUUGCGCAGAUGUUGGAGAAAUAUCAACAAGGGGAUUUUGGUUAUUGCCCCAGAGUCUAUUGUGAGAAUCAGCCAACGCUACCUAUUGGCCUAUCAGACAUCCCAGGGGAAGCAAUGGUGAAGCUCUAUUGCCCAAAGUGCAUGGAUGUGUACACCCCUAAAUCCUCCAGACACCAUCACACAGAUGGAGCCUAUUUUGGGACAGGCUUCCCGCACAUGCUGUUCAUGGUGCAUCCAGAGUAUCGUUCAAAACGACCAGCUAACCAGUUUGUGCCAAGGCUAUAUGGUUUCAAAAUUCACCCAAUGGCUUAUCAACUCCAGCUUCAGGCUGCAUCAAGUUUCAAAAGUCCGGUCAAGACAAUUCGCUAGACCUUGGCUUAGAGCAUGAUGGAUUUAAAGACUUUGAUGUUUCCUAUGUGUUCCAAGCAAUGGCUUAUAUAUUCCCAAUAAAUGCCUGUACAGUU